AUGUCGUUUCUAUUUGAUCCUUCUAUUCUGCAAGAUCUCGGCCUUGAUGCCGCUUUACAGGCGAAGGACAUCACGACGGAUCCGAGUCCUGGUGGUUGCCAGUAUUUGUUAAGGCCUUUGAGGUCUACUGACUUCGAUUAUUUGCGUCUAUUAAAACAACUGACCGUUGUUGGAGAUAUAUCCGAAAGCGAUUUUGAAUGUGACACGUACUUCAUCGUUGUUUUGGAAGAUUUGCCUCUUCGAAAAUUAAUUGGUUGUGCGACGUUGCUUGUUGAGUUGAAAAUGAUUCAUAAUCGCUCUAAACGCGGCCAUAUUGAGGAUGUUGUUAUUGAUGAAGCUUAUCGUGGCAAAGGUCUUGGGAAAUUACUUGUUUCUGUUCUAAUCGAAGUUGGAAAAUUACAAGGCUGUUACAAGAUAUCUCUCGAUUGUGACUCCGAUAAAGUAGCUUUUUACGAACGUAAUGGCUUCAAACAGGAGACGGUGUCUAUGUGUGUCCGAUUAUCUCGUUAA